UGUAUGUAUGUGUGUGUGGACUUCGGAAACACCAACAGGACCGGCUCCAGCCCUCAGGUCCUGCCCGGAGCUUCAAAGUCUACAUGUACCUGCUGAGAUGGAUUAAGAGGAGCGGGGACGGUCAGCUUCCAGUCUAGGGCCACCCCUCCCCCUGCAGUGGCCAGGCAGCAUCAUGGCGUCCCGGCUGCUGGACCGUCUGAAGCGCUCGCUGUUUAAAGAUGGUCAGGGGGCGGGAACUGAGCAGGAAGCAGGAGGCGGACAGGAGGAGGAGGAGUUCAAUGAGGACCGCUGGGAGGCGGAGCUGGAGGAGGAGGAGGAGUGUGUGACCGAUAGGCUCGGAGGGACGCUUUGCUUCGACAGCGGAGGAGGAGGAGGACAAGAGGACGGACCCGAGGGCGAGGGGUCGGGGCUGGACAGUGACUCUGAUUUCCUGGGAGAGUCAAUGGAGGAGGGGCUCAGCAGCGCAGAUACCAGUCCCGUUGGCGUGUCUCCAGUAGGCCCCUCCCCCUCCUCCCUGCUGACCCGGCAACUUCAGGAGAGCUGGAGGAGUCUGCGUGGACUUGGAGGAGGAAGUCCCAUUCCCUCUGGGAGGCGGCUGACGGACAGCUUGUUGUUUGAGGUUACUGACGCCAGCGUGGUGCAGGACGGCUCCUCAAAAUAUGUGCUGUACACCAUCCACGUGAUCCAGUCCGGCGGCAGCGAUAAGACUCCGGCCAUAAUCACCCGCCGAUACUCCGAUUUCCAGCGUCUUCAUGCCACACUGCGGCGUAACCACGGAGAUCAGAUGGAACGUGUCUGUUUUCCACGAAAGAAGCUGCGCAGGAACUUCACGGCGGAGACGAUCGCCAAGCGGAGCCGGGCUUUUGAGCAGUACCUGUCUCACCUGUGUUCACUGUCCACCUUGCGGGGGGCGCUGUGUGUCCGGCAGUUCUUCUACCUGACUGACCUGCAGACCGGACAGCUGCUCAUCAGGGUGGGACGUUACCAGGAGGCCUUGGGUCCACUGCUCAACGCCAAGAGACUGCAGCAUAAACUGGGCUGGGCAAGUUACUACGACAACCAGGAUCAGGCCCCGCCCCCGGCCUCCUCCCAUUGGUUCUUCACUCUAGUGGGGCUGUCGUGCUGCUUCCAGGAAGUGGACCAGCUGGAGGAGGCCCGGGAUCAUUGUGACCUGGCCCUCCGUGUCCUGACCCCCGCUGAGACUAACACAGAGGACAAGCCCCUCCCUCUUGAAGAUAAGCCCCACCCACAGAGUGAGAACCCCCUUCCACAGACUGAUGUGUCACGCCCACUUACCAACAGGCCCCACCCCCUCCUGUUGCCGUUAUUGCGGGCAGUGGUUCGAUUGUCGUGGCAGACAGGAAGAGACAAACGGCAAUGGGAGGAGCUUUUGCAACACCUGGAGGAGCAGUGGGCGGGGCUAGACAAUCAGCCAACCAUCAAAGAGUUUCUGGUAAAACACAACCUACAGGAGAGCGAGGGGGAGGGCUAGAACAACACACACUUACUGCAGAGUACAAUCACCAUGCUACAAUAAGAGUGUUGACCUGAUAUCAUGAAGUGAGACAAGUCACAAUAACAAUAAAAAGCCAACAUUUCAGGAGUAAAGACUUUAGAAUAUUUAGAGACUAUAUUAAAAUAUUUCAAGAAGUGAUAUUAUGAUGAAAAAAUAUCAAUUUAGAGAAAAAUGUCAGAAAAAUCCUAAUAAUACAGGCAAAAGAAAAAAAAGAAUAUGAAAAUUACAUUGUAAUGUUUGAAGGAAAAGUCAUAUUACAAAAAAGUAAAAUCAUAAUAUUACAAUAUUACAAGAAAAAGUCAUAAUAUUUAAAGA